CCGAUGUCCAGGUUGGUUCGUUCAUCUUCUCUUCUUCAACUACACCUGUUCUCCGACAAAGCGAUACAUCAGAGAUAGAGCCAGAGCAAGAGCAUUGUCACUCUUAAAAGCCCCUUCUCCCUCUUUCUCUCCGGCAUAUCCGUUCAAGCCUUGAAGGGCAAACACCCCGGGCCUCAACCGAUGGGACUCGGCACCUUAGACACUGCCUCGCCGUCCUUCAUGGCUGAUUUCCUGAAGCAAUGCGGCGGCUGCGCCGUCAUCGACGGAGGCUUCGCCACCGAGCUCGAGCGCCACGGUGCUAACCUCAACGAUCCCCUCUGGAGCGCCAAAUGCAUCGUCACCUCUCCCCAGCUCGUCCGAAGGGUACACUUGGAUUACCUCGAUGCAGGAGCUAAUAUAAUAAUAACUGCAUCAUAUCAGGCCACAAUUCAGGGAUUUGAGGCCAAGGGCCUGUCUAGAGAAGAAUCUGAAGCUUUGCUUCGGAAAAGUGUUGAGAUUGCACUGGAGGCCAAGGAGAUUUAUAGGGAGAAAUGUAUCAAAGAUUCCAUGGAUUUCGCUGAAAACGAGAGAUUAUCUAGAUGUCCUAUCUUAGUUGCUGCGUCCAUUGGAAGUUAUGGAGCUUAUUUGGCGGAUGGUUCCGAAUAUAGUGGGAACUAUGGGGAUGCCGUUUCUUUGGAAACAUUGAAGGAAUUUCAUCGGAGAAGGCUGCAGAUUCUGGCUGAUGCUGGACCUGAUCUACUUGCAUUUGAAACUAUUCCAAAUAAGUUAGAAGCUCAGGCUUAUGCUGAGCUUCUUGAGGAAGAAAAUAUAAAGGUCCCGGCAUGGUUCUCAUUCAAUUCCAAGGAUGGAAUCAACGUGGUUAGUGGCGACCCAAUAUCUGAAUGUGCAUUGGUUGCGGAAUCAUACAGGCAAGUUGUAGCUGUGGGUAUAAACUGUACCCCUCCUCGUUACAUUCAUGGACUGAUCUCUUCAAUUCGAAAGGUUACGUCCAAACCGGUGCUCAUAUACCCAAACAGUGGUGAGACCUAUGACCCUGAGCGGAAAGAGUGGGUGCCCACGACUGGGACGGCGGACGAGGAUUUCAUCUCGUAUGUGGGGAAGUGGCGGGAGGCAGGGGCGUCGCUCUUUGGAGGUUGUUGCCGGACUACGCCAAACACCAUAAGGGCAAUAUCAAGGGCUCUCUCCCAAAAAUCAUCAGCUCCGACUGCUACUCUCAGCUCCAAGACUGCUGUAACCAACAUGUAGUAGUAACGAGUGAUCUGUUGUAUCGCAGUGUUUGCGGCUCUAUUAUCCUCGUUCUCUGAUCUUUCGAUAAAUGAAAUUUUGCUUCAAGUGCAUGCCAA